CGGCGCCACGGGACGGAGCGAGCGGGCGCGGCGCCGCGCAGAUGGCCGGGGCAAGCAAGGUCUGAGGCUGGGUUCCCUGAAACGUGACCAUGUGGAUCCAACAGCUUUUAGGACUCAGCUCCAUGCCCAUUCGCUGGCCCGGCCGCUCUCUCGGAAGCCAUCUCUGGAUACUGAUAGCCAUGCUGCAACUUGCGGUCGACUUCCCGUCCUGUGACUCACUGGGCCCCGGCCCCGAGUUCCGACUCCUGUCACGUCCACAGAGGCCCCAGAGGCUUUGGAGUCUGCGAACUGGACCUCCAACGAGGCUACCAACACCGGCCUGGAGUCCCCGUGCAGCCCGGGCUGAACGUGCCCACGGGCCCAUACAGAUGCAGACUCCCCGUGCUCGGAGGGCCCACAGGCCCAGGGACCAGGUAGCCACCCUCGGACCCAAAGGGGGACUCACCAAGCCUCCAGCUGCCACCCGAUCCAGUCCUUCCCUCACCUCUGCAUCGGCCUCAUCCUCCAUGACUGCUGGGGCUGCAGAGCAUCAGAGCCUCCUAAAGCGGGGUAGAAGGCACACACACAAUGCAGAGUUCAACGACUUCGACUUUCACGGUGGCAGGCCCACGACAGAGACAGAAUUCAUAGCCUGGGGUCCUACAGGGGAUGAGGAAGCUCUGGAGUCCAACACCUUCCCUGGUGGUUUUGGCCCCACCACAGUCUCCAUCUUGCAAACACGGAAGACAACUAUGGCCGCCACCACCACCACCACUGCGGCCAGCACGGCCACCGCCAUGACACUGCAGACUAAGGGGGUCACCGAGUCCCUGGAUCCCUGGAAAAGGACCCCUGUUGGGGUUAGCACAACGGAGCCUUCCACUAGUCCCAGCAACAAUGGGAAAGACAUCCAGCCCCCCAGGAUCUUGGGGGAGACCUCAGGUCUGGCUGUGCAUCAGAUCAUCACCAUCACCGUCUCCCUCAUCAUGGUCAUCGCCGCGCUCAUCACAACUCUUGUCUUAAAAAAUUGCUGUGCUCCAAGUGGGCACACUCGGAGGAACAGCCACCAGCGGAAGAUGAAUCAGCAGGAGGAGAGUUGCCAGAACUUGACGGACUUCACCCCGGCCAGGGUGCCCAGCAGCGUGGACAUCUUCACUGCUUAUAAUGAGACACUGCAGUGUUCCCACGAGUGUGUCAGGGCCUCCGUGCCCGUCUAUGCCGAUGAGACACUGCACUCGACCGGGGAGUACAAGUCUACGUUCAAUGGAAACCGAUCCUCCUCUGCGGAUAGGCAUCUCAUCCCUGUGGCCUUUGUGUCUGAGAAAUGGUUUGAAAUCUCCUGCUGACUGGCCGAAGGCUUUUUACCUCCUGGGGGCGGGGCAGACGCCAUGUGUCUGUUUCAUGGAUUCCGUUGGUGAACUUGUACAAACAAAACAACAAAACAAAAAAUUAUAAGACCUAAACCUAAACUAUCUAAGGGGAGGGUCCCGCACCCGCUGCUUCUGCUUGCCGGCGGGAACUCAGCAGAGCAGGACACCCAAGGCCAAAUCUAUUUUUGUAAAAUUGCUCGUGCCUAGGGGCGCUCCCUUCUCCCAGAGUUUUCUUCGGAGAGCAGAAAGAAGAAAUGCAAGAGACGGCAGAGAAAGCCAAGCAGAAGGACAGGAGGCAGCUCCCGACGCCUGGGACUCGCACCACGAUUCUGAACCUGUGCCAAUAAUACCACUAUGUGCCAUGUAAUGACCCGGAAGCUCGGCAGGAGCCGAGCCCAGCGAACCACGCGGAGAGAUCUUAACAGAGGACAGGGGUGGGGGAUCACUUCCGGUAGGGUGGGGAUCACUUCCGGUAGGGUGGGGAUCACUUCCGGUAGAGUCACUAUUUCUGGUUAAUAUACAUAUAUAAAUAUAUAAAUACCAACACACAGACACACACCCUUUUUUUUGUACUGUAGCAAUUUUUGAAGAUCUUCAAUGUUCCUUUUUAAAAAAGAAAAAAAAAGAAUUGUGUUAUAGUCACAAAACUUGAUUUAUUUAACAUGCUUAGUAUGAACAGAAUAAACUUGUGUUUUGUACUUUGGCAGCUCACAUCACACGCAGCACACACGCGCACACACGCACACACACACGCACAUACAAACAUACAAGCAUUUAUACGCAUAUAUUGGAGAAACCGUUCCGCAGGUGACCUGGUAUGUCGUCAGUCAUGAAGGGAGACAGCCUCAACCCAGAUGACGAGCCCUCACAUGACAACUUACAUCCAUCUGUCAAACACUCGCUGAAUGGUACUUGUGUGUGGCUUUUCACUUGGGCCAGAAUUAAGAACGCCGUGGUUUUCUCUCUAUGUAUUCACACACACACGGUCCGUGCUGCAUUUCUUCCUUUAACUGUCUGAGGAUGCUUACGGCCACACGCGUCCAUGUAGCCGACUGCCAACGAGUGAGCCUGAGAACCAGGUUGGGUGGGUGGCGGAUUCUCGAACAUUUGUGUUAUACAAACAUAGACUGAACUAAAGAAAUUUUCCAGUUCCAUAAUUAAAGGAAUAUAUCCGUA